AUGAGAAUAGAUUACGGUUAUCAAAGCAACGUUAAGUUUAAUUCCUCCACAUCGGAAAAGCAAGGGUAUUCAUUUAGAGACAUUGAAUUGAAAUCGGCUAUACCUGAAAGUUUGUUUGCAACUUAUCAACAUCAGUGCCACAGCAGUCUUAAGGGUCUACAUGAGUUGUAUUUACAAUUCAAACAGCCAACGAGAAUAAUUUUUGCCGCUGUAGCACAAGUGCAAGGAAAGGACGCACAUCGAAGUAGUCAAACAGGUCAUCACGACCCAUUAAAGGUGACCAUCAGGAAAAUGCAAAUUCAUAUGGAAGACCUCGAUAAAAUAAUACUAUCAAAAUUUGAGGAUUCCUGA